AUGGUAGAGCCCUCACAGAAGCCCGCCUGCAUCAUAAGCGACGUUUUCUUACCCUGGACAGCUCAAGUAGCUUCCAAAUUUGGAAUCCCGCGUGUUGUCUUCCACACCACAGGAGCCAUGGCGGCUUCUCUUCUGCAAUAUUUCUUCACCAAUCCGGUCUCGGAUAUAACUGGUGAUCGCCAAAUCAUAGAGAUUUGCGAUCACUGUAUCAAUGUGAAUCUGAGGCGGUCGCAGUUGCCUCAAAUGCUGAGAAGCGAAUCAAGCGCUCUGUUUAUGCUUGUCAAUACUUUUGAUUGGGUCGAAGCAGAAUAUGUUGGGUAUUUAGAGGAAUCCACGGGUAAGCCCGUUUGGGGUGUAGCGAAUCCUCUACACAGACCCCAACAUGGGAUCGAUAAUGAGUCGGAGUGCAUCCGUUGGCUGGACACCCAGAAGCAAAACUCCGUCCUUUACGUCUCGUUUGGGUCUCAGGCCUUUCUUUCGGAAGAACAAACGAAAGCCCUCGCCAGGGGCAUAGCAGCCAGUAAACAGUGUUUCAUUUGGACGAUUAAAGACCCAGUUGGAAGCAACGUUAAUUCCUGUGAUUUUCUUCCCGAGGGUUUCAUCGAAGAAAUGAAAGACAGAGGAAUGGUAAUCCAUGGGUGGGUGCCUCAGCUGCUCAUUCUGUCACAUCCUUCGACUGCUUUUUUCAUGACGCACUGUGGGUGGAAUUCCACGCUAGAGAGUAUAAGCGCUGGAGUUCCAAUGGUGGUCUGGCCCAUGGGCUUCGAUCAAUUUAUUAACGCCAAAUUGGUCACUGAGCAUUUGGGUCUCGGACUGCAGAUCUGCGAGGGAUUAGAUGCCAUUCCCAGUAGUGAUAUUGUGGAAAACACAGUGAAGGCAGCCAUGGCAACAGAAAUUGGGGAAGAUAUGCGUCUACGGGCCCUGAAAAUCAAGGAAUCCAUUAAUGAAGCGUCCUGCAAGUUAAGUGGUAUGGAAGGUUUUCUAUCUUAUGUACUCAGCCUUUGCUGA